UCAGUUUUAUUCCUCGGCUCAUGUGUUGAGACGAUUAGGUCGCGGCGACAAUAAAUAAAGGGGGUUAUCUGCAACUGGUCUAUAGGAGAUAGUACUUUUUGCUUAGAAAAUGUCUGAAGAACGAGCGGUACACCCGGAUUGCCGAAAUGCCAGUAAUCCUUUCCAUGAGUGUAGUGAUUAUUGCUUUAAAGUGAUAGCUGAAGCCAAAACAAAGAUGCAACAAAAGGAACCAGAAGUCAUACCAGCAAGUGGCGACAGUAAGCAAGGCCCCCCAGGUGACAUGUAUCCUGCUGAGUGCAUAGAUGAUGAAAAACCCUAUCUUGAUGAAGAGCAGUCUGCUAGUGAAGAUGAACAUCCUGCAGCAGAAAACUUUGAACAAGAAUACGCGAAACUUUCUAAGAGACAGAAAAAGUGGAUGGAAUUGAGGACAGAUGAAGCAAAAAAACGUAAUCAAAUUGAAAUUGCUGCUGAAAAAAAAAGGAUGGAAGCUCCAGCAGAAUCUCGGGGUAUUUCUAAACAGAAGUGGCUUGAGGACAGGAAGAAACAAAUGGGAAAACUUCUAGAUGCAAAUGGUCUGGAUAUGACUAAAGCAUAUAUGCUUGACACACAAGAGUCAGCGGAAGAAAAGUACAAGAAAUGGGAGAAGGAUCCUGCUCCAUUUGGCUGGGAUGUUUUUAACCAGAAAACACUGUACAAUGCAUACAAGAAGCGAACCAAGAAUAUUGAGGUGGAUUUAGAAGAAUACAAUAAAAUGAAAGAAGCUGAUCCAGAGUUCUACCGUGAUGCUUCGAGUCUCCAAUAUGGAAAGGCGCCAAAAAUUUCAGAGGACAAGAUUGACCGGAUGGUACAGGAACUGAAGAACAGGGAAGAGAAGCUCAACUCAUUUAGCCGGAGAAGAAAGUUCCAUGAAGAGAAAGAUAUUGACUCGAUUAACGAUCGGAAUGAGCAUUUCAACAAGAAGAUUGAACGAGCAUUUGGGAAAUACACAUUGGAGAUCAAAAAUAAUCUGGAACGAGGAACUGCUUUGCCUGACUGAGUCUUAUGCUUGUGUGGGUGCUGUGUUGCGCUUUGGACAAGUCAAAGCUCACAACGGGGAGAAAUGUUGUAAAAAGUUUAACAUACUGGUAAUAAUUACUCUGCUUGACGGUGAGACUUGUCAAGGUCGCCCGCAGUUCUGGAUGUAGGGGGCGACAUUCAUGACUAAACAUUUUUAUUGCUUUUUUAUUCGUGUAAUGUUUAUGGUAGUUUGUGGAGUGAUUCUGUGCUAUACCAUCUCUUAAAGCUCUCUCAAAUGUGUUGGCGCAUUAUCACUAAUCCCUCUGAGAAUGUAACAUCACUCGCUAGUUCUCCGUA